UUGUCGGAUACUCUACCGCCAGCCUACAAAGAUGUUGUUGGUCAAAACUCGAGACAUCCCUAUUUGUCACGAUCCGCUGGGUCACGCUUUCUGCUGUCGCGAGGAAAUUCCUCUAAACGGUUCAUGAGACCUCAAACCUCGAUUCCAAACCUUAUGGGCGAACGCUAUCCUAAUGAGCCCUCGAACCCAGAGACAAUCUCAUCUAACCGGAGGACUUUUCCUAGCUUCAUAGCACCGAGUGGUCGGCGUCGGAUGAAUUCGAAUCGGUUCCGUGGCGGUCGGACAGUAGAGGGCAGGAUACGAGUAGGCGGUCGACGUGGCAGAAGUGCUCGUGGUAUCUUUUUUGUUUCGCCAUGGCAAGAAAAUGAAGGCCGAGGCACGUGGGACCAGAGUAGGAAUAGAGGCGGUGAUUGGGCUGGUGGAGGAAGAGGCCUCAGCAGGAUUAGAGGAACGAGAGAGAGUGCAUGGGGAAGAGAAUUUGUUGGUUCAGAUACAGGGGAUUUAGGUGACGAAGGUUUGACUGCGUCUGCAGAUAUACCCCCUUUCCUGUCUCCCAGAGGGAUACCAAUGCCGGAGGCUGCAUUAACAUUAGCUCCUGAGGAUGCGAUUCUUCCAAGUUAUGAAGAAGCCAUGGCUCUGGUCUCUUUGAAUGGUUUAAAAGAGCCUUCUAUGUAA